AUGGUUCAACUUGCUCCUGCUCUCGUUGCGGGCCUGGUUGGUCUCGCAGGUCUCGCAGCGGCUCAUCCGGGUCACGACGUCAAGGCUGAGGCCGCCGAACGUGCGGCUUUUCUCAAACGGGCUCCCGUGCACCACCGCAGCCUGAACCACUGCGCUGCAAAAUUGCGUGCUCGUGGCCAUGAGGCGCGUAACGUUGCUCGUCGCGAGUUGACCGUUGAGCGUCUGCGUCGUCGCAAGGGACUACAGACUCGCUCCACCUACCUCAAGGCGCGGGACCUUGACGAUGUUCUCAACACUAAUCACCACUCGGACUUGGACGUGGACCAGAACGUUGACCCUGCCGUGCUCUUCGCGUCCAACGCGACCUGCAUUCUGGGCGAGGAUGUCACCCAGGGACCCUACUAUGUUACCGGUGAGCUGAUCCGUGAGGACAUCUCAGAGAACCAGGCCGGUGUCCCUCUGUACCUGGACUUCCAGAUCAUUGACACCAAUACCUGCGACCCCGUCCCGGACAUCUACCUUGAUGCCUGGCACUGCAACGCGACUGGCGUCUACUCCGGCGUCAUCGCCGGCGGAAACGGCAACCAGGGCGACGAUAGCAACCUGGAUGCCACCUUCCUCCGUGGUGUCCAGAAAACCGACAGGUCUGGCGUCGCUCAAUUCGAGACUAUCUUCCCAGGCCACUAUACCGGUCGUACUCAUCACAUUCAUCUCCUCUCCCACGCAGCCAACGGCACCACCGUCAACGCCAACAACACGCUCUCGGACCUCUACACCGCGCACGCCUCCUACGUCACGCAGACCUACUUCGACCAAGACCUAAUCUACGAGGUCGAAGCCACCUCCGUCUACGCGGCCAACACCCAGCCCCUGACCACAAACGCUCAAGAUGGUAUCCUAGCCCAGGAGGCCGAGUACAUUGACCCGAUCCUGCAGUACGUGUACCUGGGCGACAGCGUCGAGGACGGUCUGUUUGCUUGGAUCUCGUUGGGUAUUGAUGCGACCAAGUCGAGCGAUGUUUCUCCUGCGGUGUUUUAUACUGAGAAUGGUGGUGUCGAGAACCCCAACUCCGGUGGUGGCGGACCUGGUGGGCCUGGUGGGCCUGGUGGUCCGGGUGGUCCAGGCGGGCCGCCCUCUGCUUCUGCUUCUUCGGCUUAG